CGGUAUAGAUUAGUAGUGACAUGGUAUGAUUUAGGGUUUUCUUGAAGCGGCAAUACUAAAACUAGUCCGUCCCUAAACAUUGGCUCGUCACUAUCGCCUGCCCUCACUCUAAAGUGGAGAGCUCUGGUUCCUUUUCCGCGCCGUGGAAUACCCACCGUCGCUAUCCGACUUCGGUGAUAGCUCUUGGCCGAACUAUGUGGACCUCUAUAUAUAGGCAUGUCUGUAAUUGAUGGGUACGGUAUCUUACCUGUAUAAGGAGUCGAUGAACUAUAAAAACCAACGAUCCCCUCGACAUAAUUUGGAUAUUACAUCCCAACUCCUCGCCCAUUGCUCGGUAGACAUUUAAACAAUCCCCCUAUUGUCAGAAUUACCCUCAAACUCCUAACAAAAUGGCCGAACUUGAUCUCCGCAUCCCUGAACCCUUCGCGAGUAUUCCGCGGGAAUCUCUUAUGUUCGGACCAUCCCCUAUUCAGCACUUGCCGCGGAUAUCCGCAGCUCUAGGCGGAAAAGUCCAAGUCUACGCUAAGCGCGAGGACUGCAACUCAGGACUUGCCUUCGGCGGGAAUAAAGUGCGAAAGCUAGAAUAUCUCGCCGCGGAGGCCAAGGCCAAGGGUGCCGACACUCUGGUAUCCAUCGGCGGCGUGCAAUCGAACCACACCCGCGCCGUCGCCGCCGUCGCCGCGGCCCUCGGGCUAAAAUGCGCGCUGGUGCAAGAGCGCUGGGUCUCCAUCUCCACCUCAUCGAGCUCUUCGGAGGAGCAGCACUACAGCAGCGUAGGCAACAUCCAGCUAUCGCGGCUGAUGGGCGCGGACUCGCGGCUCGAGCCCGCGACGACCUUCGGCAUCGAGCACAAGCCGACGCUGGCGAACCUCGAGGCCGAGCUUAAGGCCAAGGGGCAGAAGCCGUAUUACAUCCCCGCGGGCGCAUCGGACCAUCCGCUAGGCGGCCUGGGGUUCGCGCGCUGGGCGCUCGAGGUCGAGGCGCAGGAGCGCGCGACCGGAAUCUUCUACGACACCAUUAUCGUGUGUGCGGUGACGGGGUCCACGUUCGCGGGCAUCGUGGCCGGGUUCAAGCUCGCGCAGCUGAAGCUGGGAUCGAAGAAGCGGCGCGUGAUCGGCAUCGACGCCUCCGCGACCGUGAAGCAGACCUUCGACCAGGUGCUCCGGAUCGCCAAGUUCACGGCUGCGAAGAUCGGGCUGCAGGAGAGCGACAUCACGGAGGCGGACAUCGAGCUCGAUGAUCGGUACCAUGCCGGCGUGUACGGGAAAGCGGAUGCGCAGACACUGGACGCGAUAAAGUUCGGCGCGCAGACGGAGGCUUUCAUCACGGAUCCCGUGUACGAGGGCAAGAGUCUGGCGGGGAUGAUGGAUCUUAUUCGAAAGGGCGAGAUACCCGAAGGAAGCAACGUGCUGUACGCCCAUCUAGGAGGGCAGCUAGCGCUGAAUGCUUAUCCCGAAAUUGGCACCAGAUAAAGAUUUUGUUUCCUUCUA